UUCACAAGCAGUUAAACUGUGAAGAGGUUGUGAAGAAGUUUCGAAGAUAAAUUGUCCAGAGGGGGGUGUAUCAACAAAAAACCGCGAAACUACAAACUUUUCGAAACGUGAAUAGAUGAUUUUACUAUGACGACGGAACGCCGAAAACGUUAUCAGAAACUAAUUGAUCAGGGGCGUGAUAUAGCGCUCCGAACUCAAACUGAAAAUGCGGUGGACAUUUUCCAAAGCGUUUCGUCGCUGCUGGAAAGCAACGAAACAUUGAUGCAAGAAUGUUCCCGCAAAGAUCGGCCGGAAAAUGCUUCCGAGAUCUCACUGAACGUCCAGAUCGUGAAGAUGAGUCACGAACUAGUUAGCGCCGCUAUGCAGAAAUCCGAAAGUUCGCAAUUCUGCGAUGCUGAGCUAACCACUGCAAUCAUGACCAUGAUCGGUUCAACUGAUGGCCAACAAAACUGGCAUUUGUUUGGAAAAACCGGCAUCACGGCAUUUUGUAUGUCGAAACACACGCCCUCGCUGUUUGGAACGUUUGAUUUUAACCCAGCUCCUGUGGAAAACACUGUUAAAGAACGACGACGGCGGGAACGGGUUGAACUCGGUGAAGCUCGUAAACCUACUACGGUGCACAAGCUGAACCAAGAGGAAACCGAUGCUCGAAAGCUGCAGGACAUCUUGGAACAAUUGAAAUUGAUUUGCGAAAAAAAAGGACUGAAGUCAGCCAUUGCUUACUACGAGCUGAUCACGGAUCCUACAGACUUCAUGAACACCAUCGACACGGCGUUUCAGAUUUCUUUUCUAAUUCAAAAGGGCGUCGUCGUGCUGGAAACGGUAGACGGUGCUCCUUUCGUACGACCCACAAGUGAAGCGGAAAAGCAGCAUGCUCGUAAUAUACAAAACGACGAAAAUGUGCAAGCCAUUCUCUCCUUUAACUACGCUAAGUGGCAGGAAUCCAUCAACCGAUACGGCCUGAAGAGACCAAUGCUUCGCAUCGAUCGAGACAUUAUCGAUAGCAGUGCACUGGCCUAAUUGAGCUUCCUCAAACUCACACUUUACACGUCCACAUUUUUAACAUUUUUACGAAAUAAAAUCAAGUUGAUU